GAAUACGUUUUUGUUGUUCUGUUCAAUGUUGUGCUAAUCUAGUGAUAUCAGAGGUAAGUCUGUUGCAUAUCAUCCAUAAUUUGUAUAUUUUGUAUUUUUAAAGCUUUUAUGGGAUGAUGAAGUUGCGAAAGGAGAUUAAAAAAAAAAAAACAAAAAUGAUUUAAUUGCAAAAAAUCCCAAUUUUACAAUAGACUAACAAUUUUUUAACGAAGUUAUGGUCUUCUUUGAAAGAUUUAAAGGGGAACUAACUACUCAUGCUUAAAUUACUGUAGUAAACUAUGUAACAUGUAAAGACUAACAUAUUAACUCAACAGUUAAAACUAAUUAAAAAAAACCAUUUUGUUUAUAAAGGUAGAUAAUUAAUUAAAACUAAGACUUGGGGCUAGAUAUGUUAGUAGAUUAAUUAACUUUAUUAUAAUAAUUAAGCUACUGAAAUUCGUUUUAUGUAUUAUAUAUAUUAUAUAUUUGUCUCACUCAGUCUCAUAAUAAUAAUAAUAAUUGAUACUCUGAAUAGUCUGAAUCUGAAUAAUAGGGCCUGCCUACUGGUAAUGUUUAACGUAAAAUGUUGCAAGUGAAGCAAGUCAAGACUCCAGCAAUUUUUCAAGUGUUAGUUAACUUAAAAAGUAACUAGCAAGCUUUAUUAGUAGGCCUAAGCCUAAUCAUUACUAAACUAAUUAGGCAUACAUUAUCAUUAUACAGUCUACAGACCUAGUUCUUAGUUAUAUAUAAUUAAAUAUAUUAUAAUUAUAAAUAUAUAAUAUAGGACUCAGCUAAUUAAUGUCUAAAUCAUAGGUCUAGCCUCCCAGUCUUGCGAUAAAUUCACACUAUCCACACCACUUAUUUCCCACUACUGCCAUCUUGGUUGCCAUGACGGCACAUGUCAUGGCAAACAAGAUGAUGGUUGUGUAAAAAAAAAAGUAGUGUAAAAAUGGGGAGGGGAAAGAGAGAAUGUGCUGUUUAGCUACUUAAAGAGAGAAACGAAAAUAGGAACAAAAAAUUAAAAUUUAAUAGUCGCCAUUUAAUCAGUCGAUACAUUAAUUUUGUGGCGAACAUAUUAACUUACUUAAUUGAAUCCCUAUAGAUAUGCAGCAAGAAGGGUUAACAACCUGCCUUCACUCUCUACACUCAACUAAAACACAUGUGUUGUGCUACAAAAUUUAGCCUCAUUUUAAAUCUCGUUUCAAAUGUUAUAAUUAACCACCCAAUGAAAUAUUAAUUUAAAACAUUCUAUCUGUGUAGUAAUAUUUAAAGACAAAAAAGUUAACUCUAGUAAUAAUCCAAGGAUAAACGAGAGGGAGAGAAUCCUACACAGAUUGCAUAAAUUGAAUGGUCUAACCAACAUAGUAUAUAAUUACUGCUACAAAAAAAAGUGCAUUUAGGAUAACCAAAAUAUAGGACUGGGUAAACAAUGUUGAGAGAUAAUGCAAUGAAUAAUAAAAUGGCUAGGCCAAAUCUACAUAUACUGUAAUUAUGAUAUUGUAUUUAACUUGUUAUGUUUUAGUUUUAGUUUAUUAAAAAAUUCAAAGUUUGUAUAUUUUGAGGCUUCUUCCGCCACAUCCUUUUGUUACGAUUAAAAAAAAGUUUUUAUAUUUUAAUAAAACUUAUAUCACCAGCAAGAGCACAAUAUUUUCUUCCCUAUGAUAGCAAUUUGUGUUUCUAUGUAAGUUAAGUAUAAAAAAGUUAUUUUUCUAGUCCUACUUUCAAUUCAAUUGUAUAUCUCCAGUUCAUAUAUAUACUCAACUGUGUACAUGUUCUUGUAAUUGAAACUUCCUCAGUUUUUAAUAAUAUUUUCAUGUGUCAGUGUAUGCCACAAAUCAGAGUGUUCCACAGCGUCAUAGAAUUUGACCUACUUGUCAGGUUACCACAACAUCUUGGGAAUUGUUCUCUUCCCCAGCAUGUUAGGCCAGGCAAUAAUAAGAAAUCCAAAUCUGUGCUUUUUGUAUAAUUUCAAAAAAUUAAUUUCUCAGGAUCCCUAUGAAUUAUGCUAUAAAUUAUAUUGUGCCCAAAAAGGAUUUUAUUAUUUGUAUAUUUGCAUGUUUUCAGUGAUUAGAGGAAUUUUUUAAUAUAAAAGAAUUUAAAAGGUUCUUUCAGCGGGGUCCCAAACCCUUCUAUUUACUAUAAAAACCAUUUAACCUACACAAAUAUAAAAAGUAUAUAUCAGAAAGCAGAGACUAAACUUUUCAGAUACAGGGUUUUAGUCUGGGUUUUAUUCCCAUUGGAGUCUCAAGGGAUUGUUAAUUCUACAAGUUUUCCAGCCGAGAAGACAGUUAACUAACAAAUAUUUUUCAAAAAAUGACAUAUGUGUUCUUUGAUAAGUUAGCACAAGACUACUUCUUUGUAUCCCCACAUGUUUUGCAUUCAAAGUUUGAAUCACAAUGCUAAUUGCUCCAUUGUUUUGCUGGCACCAUUUAUGCUUUGUAAGUAGGUUCUAAACGCUUUUAUAUUUUUGUGUUUUUGUAGAGGACAAUUUGUUCAGUGUGGGUGGUGGACGAGUUCUGUUCAUUACGUAAAUCAGGCAGUGUUUUAAUCACAUGUUGGUUCCGUCAGUUUUACUUUUAACAAUGAUAUUGUGAUGGUUAAACAUACAGCCAUAUGCUGAAUUCUUACAUAGAAUUAGAGACCUUUGUGUAUGUGAGCAUAAUACUAGCUGUGAUUUUGUUUUGGUUACACAUACUUCAAUGCGCUUUUGUCUUAAUGAGUCGCAGCAUAUACAACAGUAGUAAACUUAUGGUUAUUUUGAUACUUUAUGAUAGUGUAGUAACUGUCUUGCCAUGUGUGCAUCUUACAUAGACAACACACAUGGGCGACAGUACAAUAGUAAUUUUAGACCUGUAUGUUAGCUCUCACAUCUCACACUGAUUCUGAAUGUAAGACGGUGUGUGCUAUGAGUUUAACCCUGUCACUUGAUUUUUUUGAUAAUUAAACAUUAUUAAAAGAAUCAUUUUAAUUGUUAUAACCUGUAAUUGCAGAGUUAUUCAACCAAUUUAGUGUUUGUUGUUAGCUGUGUUAGUUAGUAUGAUAGUACAUUUAAUAAACUGAAUUUUUAAACUGUAACAUUUGUAUCUUUUGAGAUGUUGUCUUUUUUUUCUGUGCAUUUUCUUUGAAUUUUUCUUUGCUUUUUCUUGGUUUCUAUGUUGAAAUAAAUUGUUAUAGUUCUAAAGACCUGAAUUUCUUGAGUUUCUUAACAUAAAUAUAAAACUGUUUGCCACCCACUCACGACUUGGCUAUAGUUUUUGGUUUUUUGAGUAAAUUUAUGCCACUAACCAAUCACCCACUCUGCUACAGUAUAGUUAGGGAAACAAACAUAUCACUUUGCCUGGGCUGCCUGGCUUGAAAUGCUUCUUAGGUCUUUUUUCUGUUUACAUUAUAAUUAGUGCAGAAAUUUUGUUUAUUUAUUGGAUGCAGAAAGGAAAAAAUGGCUAUAAUGGGCAUUCCCAUCUUUGUGUUUAUUUUUCAGUAUCAGCCCAACUUAACAACAAAAAUUCUUGAGAAUUUUUCAAUCUGGCUGCAAUACUGAAUCAUCGCUAUUUGAAUUUAAAAGAUGCUAAUUUUGUGGAAGAUCUCUUAGAAGAUAUAUUGCCCUUUCAGGACAGAGGAGAUUCCUAUAGGUUGGAUAUAUUAAUAUUAAAAAUAUUUAAUACUUGAAGAGUCAGCAUGCCUAAGAUCAUACUUACUGAUUGGUAUUUUGAAUUAUAUCAUACAGUUACAUACUUUUAGGUUAGUAGAUGCGGGAUGGCAAGCAAAAGCUGCAGCUGGGUUCAAAGAAUGAAGUUUGAAACCCACUUGCCAAAAAGUAUAUAUUAAUAUAUAUUUUGCAUGAAACAAUCUUUGGACUUCAUGUCUCAUAUAUAAUUUUUACAUUUGUGAGAUUCAAUCAGGCACAAAUUGUUUUAUAUUUUAUGCUGCUUUUGAAAUUUUCACUGUAAGAAUGAUCUUUUAUUUGAUAACAAUAACAAAAUAAAUUUUAGCACUAGGCAGUAUGAUUAUUAUUUCAUCCUUGGUCACUUUAAUCAAUUUCUUUUUUUUUCUGUUACAUUUUUAGUAACGCAAAACAUAAUUUCAUUCACAGAGUUCUAUUGUUUCCAUCCUUGACUAGCUGCUGUCGUCUUCUUAUACACAAAACAGUGGAGGAGAAUUUUCCAGACUUGAUAUCUUUCUCAUUAGGAAGUGGUGGCCCUAAAAGGACAGUUGUUGCUUUCAAAGAAGCCUGUAAGAGGUAUAAAGUUUCAACUAAAUGAGAACCAUUUUUAAAUAAAACAUCAGAUCUAUAAAAUUAUAGCUAAGUCACAAAUACACGGCCACAUCACUUCAAGCUGAACGUCUUAACUUAUCCUUUGCUUAAUUAAAAGAUUGCAUAUUUAUCAUUUAAAAAACAACGAAACAAGUAUAAAAACGAUCUGGCUGAGAAUUUGAUGAGGUGGAACUGCAUAGCCAUGACACAAGAUUUUUACAUAAAAAAAUGCUGAAACAAAAUGUAAGCUACUCACACAAUCUAUUUUUGUCUGUUUUUGUAGGGGUAUUCGCGGUUUGCAACUAAUGAGUACUCCACCACAGUCAAGGGGACGAGGCAGAGGAAGAGGAAAAGAUUUAACGCCAAGUGAACGUGUUGCUCAAUGGGUUAACCAGAGAGAAGCUAAACGUCUUACCAAGGAGCGGUGGGGGAGUCAAAGCACUAGAUCUACAUCUCCAUCAGUUGAAUCUGAAAUUGAUGGCCAGAUAUCUGAUAAAUUAACACCUGAUUCAGAUUCAAGUUCAGAAAGGUAUUACUGACAUUUUAAAAUGUAUAACAGGAAAUAACAUUAACUAUCAGUGCCAAAGCAUUCCUCAUACACAUAAACACUUACACUGCAAUAAUUUAAAAAAAAAAACUAAAAAAAAAUUACAGAUUUUAAAUUCCUUUUUAUAUAUUUUAAAAAGUAAAAUAUGAAUAAAAAUAAACUCUAGUAUGCAUUAAAUGUUUCCCAUUUAUUAUAGUGAGUCAUUUUCAUUCAAAUUUAUUUAUAUAUAAAUAGACACAUGAAGCUAAAUAAAAAACUGAAGAUAAUUUUUUUUAAACUUUAAAAAAAAAUUUUUUUAAUUACAUUUCAAGUAAAUUUUGUCUCAAUUUUGCUGUAUUUUUUCAUAAUGAAGAUGGGGCUUCUUUUUUCAACUUUUUGAAGCAAAAGAAAAAAAUAUAAUUUUAUUUUUUUAUUAAUGUUAAGCUUGUAAUAUUAUAUAGUUAAAAUUUGAAAGAUAAAAGAGCAUGUCAGUUAUAGUCACAUUUAUUAUGUUUUUAAAGUUACCAAAAACAUCCUGUAAAUAUUACAUAUUAAUAUUAAUGUUUAAGUAUAAUGAAAUUUACUGAGUUCAGUUUGCAGCAUGUAAAUAAAUAUUUAAACCAAAUUUACAUUUUCGUUGCAGAUCAAAAGUGAAGCCCAAAAUUCAAAUCUAUGUACCACCAUUCUUGCGGGACAAAAAACCUGUUAAUGUUGAUAUUCCUUCUGAAACUACUUCACAUACUGAUGAAGGAAUUCUUUAUCAGACAAGCAAUGACAUGGGCUCCCCUAUAACUGAUGAUUCACAUUGUGGAGAUGACGUACUGUUGGCUCAAGAGGCUGAAUUAUCCAGUCCUAAGGACGUGAUAAUAUGUACUGUUGAUAAACCAGAAAAGCCUUUUGAAAGGAACAGAUCAAAAGGAAGAGGGAAAAGAAAACCAGAAGUGGAGAUCUACAUCCCUCGUGCAUUGCGAUCAGCUAAGCAGGACAAUAAAUUAUCUAUAGAGAAAUGUCAUGAUUAUAACUUGUAUCAAGAUGCCGUAUUAGAGUUAGAAAAUAGGAAUGUAGAUACCCAGAUCACAAGUCUUUCAGAACCUCAAACAAACAGUGAAGUUCCAGAGAUGUCUGUUUCAAAUUCAGUCAUUUUCAACACCAAUAAUCUUUUUAGUAAUAAAAUAACUUCAGAGAUAUCAGAUAGUGCAUUCAUUAUAGAAACUGGCAAUCUUCUUGCUGAUCAACUUUCAAAUUCAGAAAUAGCUUAUUCGAAUCCAGUCAUUCUAGAUGCCGGUAUUCUUCUUCCAAAUCAAAUUUCAACCUCAGAAAUAUCAGAUUCAAAUCCAGAAAUUUUGGAUCCUGGUAUUUCAAAUCAGUUUACCUCAGAUACAGAAAAGUCAGCUCUUCAGGUAGUAUUGCCUGAGUUUCUGCCAUCACAAGCUGGAGAUAAUUUAGAUCAUGGUUGUCUCUUAAGGCAAGAUGCACCUGUGAUGUCAGAUGGGGGUGAGGUUAAAAACAAUAUUGAAUCAAACUGUGAGGUGCUGGUGGGGAAAAUUUCUCCUUUUACGUUUGAAUUCUAUGACCCUGCGGUCAUUGCUUUCUUGCCAUCUCCACCCAUUCGACCUCUUGGGGAGGCUGAUGUGGUGCCAUAUUUUUCGGGGACUUCCAGGAGCGUAUCUUUAAAUGAUGAAUUAUUAAUGCAGGAACAAUUCAUUGAUAGUUCUCCUGUGUCAAAUGACAAAAUCGCACCACUUCCUGAAGAAGGGGCAACCGGCUCAUCUGAAAAAUGUUAUAGAUGUGAUUCUCAACGAAUCAGUGGGGAGAUUUGUAUCAGUCUUGAUAAAUUUAAGCAUGACGAAUCUGAAAAUUCCUAUGAUAAUCAGGUCACUGACAAGGUAUCUCAUACGAAUGAAACUGGAAAUAUCAGUAGCAGCAACAGUGAUGUUAAAGUGAACAAUAAUGUGACAGAUGUAGAAGCAAGUUCACCCUCUUCAGAAAAGUUGAAAUCUAAAAAACAUAAGACAAAAAAGAAGACUAAGGAGUCUUCUACAUCCAAGUCUAAAGAGAGCAAAAGUAAAAGUAAAAAGGAAAGUGUGAAAAAAAAAGAUGCACAAGAUGCCAAUGCUGAGAAAAUAAAGAAAGGGAUUAAAGAACAAAUUUCUGCAGAAGAAACUGUUGAUUCAUGGGAUGCUUUGUAUGAUGAAAAUGGGGAUUGUCUUGAUGACUCUAUGUUGCAAGAGGUAUGUUUUUUACUUUUUUUGCUGUCCAAUUAUUUAAUUUUAAAAUGCUGCUAGUAGGAGAAUAUUUCUGGUAAGUUCCUGUUUCACUCUUAAAAUAACUCUAUUGAAUUUUUAAAAAAAUGGGAGUAUUAGUUCAAAUUCGUUGUUCAAUAAAUAAAAAGAUCUUUAUCCAUAUUUUUUUGCAGUUGACAGAAUAUGUUGGAAAAGUUGAGAUAGAUAAGCCUAAAAUUAAUUACUUAAAAUAUGAACCGAAGGAACCAUCUUUAGAUUUUCAAGGUCAGUGAUGUAUUUAUUUACCAGAAUUGACAUGAUAUUUCAAUAAUAUUCAUUUUUAUUUAUCAUUAUUUUAUUACCUCAUUUCUUCUUCUGCUAUAUCUUGAGGGCCCACGAUCAAUGUAUUGAUCAUUCUGGCUCCUAUUAAUGUUGAGGGGAUUCACGAUGUAUCUGUGCCAGGUAUUGAAUAGGAUAUUUCACUAAUGGCAAGGGCUACUCAGCGGGGGUUUUAGGAACUGUGGAUUGGAAGGCAUGAGAUAAUAGACUUAUGCGCUUCAAAAAAAUUCCUGGAGAUCUGUUGUAGCCAAUUUCUCAAAAUGAUUAGUUAAAUACAAGCCAAUCAUGUUCAAAAGUUACUUUUUAAAUCUAUUUAAAAUUUUACCCAAUUAUAAAUCAUUUUAUUUUUUUACAGCCUUUAGCCACAUUGUGGAAAUCUUUGAGUUUCCCCCGGAGUUCAGCACAGCUGACCUUAUUGGUGCUUUUCGGGACUUUGCGUAAGUUUUCCUCUUGAAUUGUAUUUAAUUUUUUAAAUUGAUUAUGAUAGAGGCAUUAAAAAAAGUGCAACAUCCUACAAGAAAUAUUGAAUCUGAAAUAACCGUGGAAAGGAGUAUUUUAAAAUGUUAUAGUUUUCAUCAUGGGAUAGCAAUGAUGUUUUAUUUCAUAGAUAAGUUAAAAAAAAUAAAAUUAACGUGAAAACUUAUGAUUUAAUAGUAUUUGUUAUACUAAUUUGUUUAAAAGCUUUAAAAUACUUUAUUGCUUAGCACAAAGUUUGCUAUUGAAAAAUUUGUUCACUUGUUACAUACCGUUAGACUAUAUGGUUUUGGCUGGCUAGAUGAACAGUAACAAAGGACUGAAAACAAGCAUACAAAGAAAAAUGAUACCAAAGCUAAUGAUUUUAACAAUAUUUAAUCAUAUUAUUAAUUUUAUAUAAAAAUAUAAAUCAAAUAUACAGAAAUAAAAUUUAUAUUUACUUACAGCGCAUCAAGUAAAAAAAAGUACAAUACUCGAAAUACACAAAUAUUAAUACAGACACACAAAGAGUACAAUCUUGUAAGGCUCCUACAUUAAGUCUCAUAAAUGUUUAGGAAAAUUAGCAAAAAUCUCUCCCAGUGGGAAAACUGCCAGCUUAUCUAUAGGUAGUGUGUUAGAAGCCUCCAUAUAAGAAAUUCUAGAACAAAUGUAGAAUAUAAAUAACCUUUUCCCAUUCAAGGGACGGGAGGGUGUGUUAGAAAAGGAGUGGCAGCACAGUGUCAUCAAGUUAAUUGGGGAUGUUGGUGUAAAAAAAGUGUGUGUCUGGGGUUUAUGUAUCACAGCUCAUGGUGAACAAAAUUAGGUCAACACACAGGCUAUAACAACUCUAAAUUAGGUUAAAUUUUGCCCAUAAGUUGGAAUAUAGAAGUUAUAUUAACACUUUGUGUACUUGUAAAUUAAAUUAUUAUUAUUAUUUCCAAUUAUGAAUAAUUGUAUCAUUGUCAUAUUAGAUUCCAAUUUAAGUUUCAUCAGAAUGUCCAUCAUUUUGUAAAUAGUAAACUCAUUUGUGUAUUUUAAAUUACUAAAUAGGAAAUCAAUAAUCUGGCUUGCUAUUUUUAAUUGUGCAGUUAUAUAACUGAUGAUUCUUUUGGGUGUUUAUUCCAGCUCUCGGGGGUUUGAUGUAAAGUGGGUUGAUGACACUCAUGCCCUUGGAGUAUUCUCCAGUACAGUUGCUGGUGAGUAUAAAGCUGAAUUGAAGGAGUGGGCUGCAGAUUCAAGAAAAAUAUUCUAAAUAGAUUCACUGUGGCAAAUCCUAGGAAUAGUAAUAGAAUAAAGAUUAUACAGAUGAUUUUACAACUUCAUAUCCUUAAGUGGUGAAACUUUCACUUGCCUACAAAAAAAGUACAGAUUCCCUUUUUUUAGAAGUCUUCUAAAUUGAGCAUAUAUAUGGAGCACAUCCUAGAUCAGGCCUGCACAACAUACGGCUAGCCAGCACCCACUUGGCGGCCUGCGAAGUAAUGAAAUAUUCUUUAUUAUUAUUAUUAUCUUUCAGCCCGCACAAGUUUUUCAUAAAGUAUUACGGCCCACCUUACAAUUUGAGUUGUGCAGGCCUGCCCUAGAUGAUAACCAGUUUACAACAAAGAAAAAAAAUAAUUAAAUACCUUUAUUAAAAAUAUAAUGAUCUAAUGAAAAUUAGUGUUUUGAUGACAGUCUACUGUUACAUAAUGCCUGGCUGAUUCCAUCUGUGCUACCCCCACAAAUUCCUUCACAGCAACUAGCUUGACUAAAUUAAUCCCUGGUUUUUACGAAGGGCUUUGUUCAUGAUAAAGGAUGUGUCUAAUUGAGAUAAAAGGACAACUAUCACAGUUGUUUGAAAACAGGAUGCCCUAGCUAAUAUGCUACUGAGAAUCAGCCUUUGUCUUUUGGAAAUCAGCAAUCUAAAUAAGUUGUAGCAAAAAACAGUCUGAAAUUAAUGCUGAAAUUCUGUCAUUUCUCCACUAAAAAAAGGAGGGAAAGGAUUCAAUGAGCUCACAAUGUUGCUGAAAAAGUGCCAAAAUUGGUUGAUAUAUAAUCUUUUAUAAAGCAUUCAAGGAGCUGUGAAGUAUACAAGUGAAGACUGUUAGUCUGUUAGCAUGAAUGUACACCAGAAACAGCACUUCCAAUCUCACUGUCCAAGUGACAGACCUCCUAUAUAAAAUAGAUAUAGCUUGUUGCAGAUGAAUGACUGUUUUCAACUCUCUAUACUUGGUAAUAAACAUAUUUUUUAUUAUCAGGCAAAGACAAAAUCAAUAUUUCUGAAAUAUCUACGGAAGACUUAAAAAGGCCUCUCCAAGUCAAAAUGGGCUUUCCUGUGUGCGAAUAUAUAAAGGGAAUGUUUAAAUAUUGUUAUAUUUAAUAAAAAUCAAUCCUUGUUAAAUCAUGCUAAUGAUAUGUUACUGACAGAUUGUUAAAAAUCAGAUUUUUCUGUUAACAGCUAAUGAGGCUCUGAAGAUGAUCCACCCUCUGCUAAAAGUUAGGCCAAUGAGUGAAGCAUCCAAAAAGGGCCAAGCCAAAGCUAGAGUGUGCCAAGGUGUGUACUUCAGCCGGCCUUAUUUUAAUACAUCGCACAUGCGCCAAAAAACAUUUCAUUACCUUAAACAAUAUAUGAGUAUUUCUGCAACACUGUGUUUAUACAUCAAAAUAUAAUAUAGUAAUCAUAGUUAUUUAUUCAGAACUAUUUUUUUAACUUAAACGAUGUGCUUCUAUUUAAGAGUUUCUUCAACCUUACAAGGCACGUCCAGAAACAACAUCUUUGGCUGCGAGACGUUUGGUAGCUGGAGCUCUUGGAAUGGCUCCUCGUGUUUCAAGAGAGGUUAGAGAUCAGGAAAGACAGAAACUGAAAGAAGCUAAAGGUUGGUAGAAAACCUUCUUGAAGAUCUGGAAAAGGAUUAACAUAUAUUUUAAUAAGCUGCUUCCGCUAACAUAUCAAUAAAAUCUUUAAAUGCGUUAACUCUUAAUGUUGAAAAAUUCUAUUUAAAUUCCACUUUCUUCUGGUAAAUUCCUCACCCCACCCAAAAAAUAAAUAAAUUUGCAACAGAUACCGUAUACAGGAAUCUCUAAAUAAAAUAAAUUAUUAUAUUUCUCUUGUUAGAAAAACGUCGACAAGAGAGGCAACAAAAGAAUGAUGCAUGGGAUGGAGCGAUGGGGAAAUGUGCCACGGAGGAACUUGAUUUAGGGUUUAGUUGACCAAGAAAUUAAUCUAUUUUUCUGAUAAGUUUUAAAUGUGUGAACAUUGUGAAGGUGCUAAAUAUGUGGUAAAUAAUGUACAGAGGUUAUUUCUUAUCAUUCUUAAGGUGACAG